UACCUUGACUUUAGUUUAGUUUAGUGCAAAUUUCGAUUCGAUUCGGCAUAUGUCGGGAAUUAUUUCGUUAACUUUGAAAAAUUCAAAAAUGUAUCUGCGACACACGAUCCUAGUGUUUGUUCUAUUGUUUUAUUCAAAUAAUUGCACACAAAUCGGUGCAUCGCCGAUUAUCGAUCGAAAUAAAGGAUUCGAUGAUGAUAAAUUAGAGUUUUUAGAUGAUUUUACGGUAACUUUUAAGAAAAUAGUGCAUUUAGCUGCAGUGAAUGUGAAAGGAAUGAUUAUUUCGGAUAUUGAAAGAAAUAAAAAUAAAAGAAAUCAUUAUAAUGAAACAAGUGAUGAAGAAAUUGAAAAUAACAAUGGUUUAGGAAAUGAUAACGAUUUGACUGAAUUUGAGGAAAGUUUGACAAAAGAUAUUGUUAAUGAAUAUGUUUUGAAGUAUUUAACGGAUGAUCCUGGAAUUUGUAUGAUGUCAGGAUUAAAGGAAUAUAUGCAAACUUGGGCACAUCCAAAUGGCAGUUUAAGGAUUUCAGAAACAUCGCGGGAUUGGGCAGGACUAACGACACUGUUCGUGGACAAAUCACAUAAAAGGCGCAACACUGACGAAUCACUUGCCCGUGAAGUGACCAAAGAAUGUGAUAACAUGCUCGACAACGUUAUUGCCUUUUCUGCUGCAUUUAAUGACUUGGAAAAGGCACCCUAUAAAACUCUCAAAAGAAUGAGGAAAAAAUUACAAUACCUUAUGUUGAAGGGUAAUAAUUUUAGAGCUUACAUACCCGGUGGUGAAUCUAAAAAAAAUGACUUAAGCAUUGCCUGGGCUACAUUUCCCGAGUUGUCUUCUCUCAAAGAAUUAGACAUCAGUAACUGCAAAAUAGAAUUCAUCACAUCGGCCAUAUUCAAAAACUUAACCAAUCUAACAUCUCUUUAUAUCUCACACAACAAAAUUUUACGAGUAUCAAAUCAAGCCUUUGAUUUUGUUCGCAAACUUCGUUACUUGGAUUUCUCAAAUCAAAAUGCAUUGGAUUUUGACUUUAAGAUUCCAAUUCCAUCAGUUGAACAAGUUGUAAAUCUUCUCGUUGGAGUCCGCAUUGAACAAUAUGCUCUAGCGAAUCUUUCCAAGUUAGUUUACUUGGACCUAUCUUUUACGAAACUUACAAAAGCCACUGUAUCAACUUUUUACAACUUGCCUGCGAGUAUACAAUAUAUAAGUCUCUGUUAUACAUCACUUCAUAAGGUAUCAUCAACCAUAUUUAGAAACACUAAGCUUCGAGGCCUUGACAUGUCUGGCAACUCUUAUGCAGCUUACUCUUUGGACGAUGACUCCUUCGCAGCGAUAUCAAAAUCAUUGAGAGUCUUUCUAUACGAACAAGGAAAUAUAAAUAAUAUCCAUUUUAUGAAAAAGCUCAAACAUCUUGAAAUUGUAAGCUUGUCUAGAAACAAUAUCGGAAAUUCCGGUUUGGAGAUAUUUGCAACUUACAAAAAUAUUCAAAUUCUCGAUUUGAGUUGUAAUCAUGUUGGAAACUGGUAUAAUCAAAUAUUCCCAAAUAAUACCAAACUUACUGUCCUGAACCUUCGAAGCAACAAUAUAAAUAUUCUAACAUCGGAAAUGAUGAAAGACUUUCAAGGCUUGCGAUAUCUUGGAAUUGGUGAUAAUGAUUUCGUUUGUGAUUGCGUCCUAAGAGACUUUGUCGAUAUAGCUAUUGCAAAUAACAAUAAAGCCGAUUGUCUUAGUCAAGUUUUUGAAGAAAAUCACGAUGCUAUCGAAGAAAAUAUCAAGCAUUUGCAAUUUCCCAUUGACUUGGGUAUGAAUUUUGUAAAUGCUUCAGGAGGUUUCUCGGCAACAAUUGACAAAUAUGCUCCAAUGGUCAGGAGAAGUUAUAAGAACCUUCAACAACAAUUGACCAAUCAUAAACUAUUUAAUUUUCGAGUUGUUUCGAAAUAUUUCAAGGAUCUUAGCUCGAAUCCUUGCCCAAAUCCAAGUCAAAUAAUUCUCUAUGACAAAAUCAAUGGAUCUUCGAUGAAAUUUCAAUUGCUUGACUAUGAAGACAUUCAUUACUGGUGUUUCAAUGAGACAGAGAAAAUGACUUUUUUCGAUUUAAACUGCCAGUCGAGGUCUUUUGAGGAUGUUAUCAUUCAGAGUGUUCGAAAUGUGACAAAUUAUGUUGUUGGUGUAUCGUGUGUUGUUGUAUUUCUUGGAAUUGCUGUCGUUGUGGGUUAUGUUAAGCGUUGGCAUAUUCAUUAUUAUUGGUCUUCUUUGAAGUCGGCUGCUUUGUUGUCGGUAGCUGCAAAGGAUAAAUCGGAUAGCUUUAAUAAUUUGUCAGAAUCUGAAUCGAAUCUCAUGUAUGAUAUAUUUAUAAGCUACUGCCAGAACGAUAGGCAAUGGGUGCUGGAGGAAUUGAUGCCUAAUAUCGAGAUAGCUGGAGAUUUAUCAAUUUGCAUGCAUGAAAGGGAUUUUGAGGUCGGAGUUCCAAUUCUUGACAAUAUCAUAACCUGCAUGGAUCGAUCUAGAUGUCUAAUGCUACUAAUAUCGCCUAAUUUUCUUCUCAGUCAUUGGUGUCAAUUUGAAAUGCGUUUAGCUCAACAUCGAAUGUUUGAAGCUAGCAAAGAACAUGUUAUCCUGGUCUUUCUUGAAGACAUUCCCAAACGGAAACGACCCAAAACUCUGCAAUAUUUAAUGGACGUCAAAACAUACAUCAAAUGGCCAUCUGGAUCAACGCCCAAUUCCAAGCUGGAUGAAAAGAAACUAUUCUGGAAACGUCUUCGAAGAUCGAUAAAUAACAUCUAAAAUUGGGUUUUACCAAACCAUGUUCAUAAGCUUCACACAAUGUACCUGAUAGUUGAAGAGUUUUUGACCUGCUUUUCUCCAUCACAACUUAAACUCUUCGUUUCUUAAGUAACUUAAUUU